GCCAUUAAUAAGUACACCAUUUAUACGUGCAGUGUACGUGUAGUAGUGUAAAAAAUGUGUUUUGGCGUGACAGGUAAAUUGUGUUGACACUAAAAAUGUAAAAAUAAAAAAGUACAAGUAUUAAGAGUUCUUAGAUAACUCAUUAUUGUUAAUAAUUACAGCCUUUAGAUAACUAAUUUACCUAUUGUGAUAAAAGAGUUUUACUUUUGUCAGAACCUUUGAUAUUAAAUACGCUCAUUGUAAUGGAAAUCUUGUAGUUAGGUUAUAAGUUGUCGGUAUGUUUACAAACAUAAAUAUGGAUUUAUUGUAUACGGUAAACAGAAAAACAUUCUCAAAAUCAUCGUUUAAUCAAGAAAGCCCAUACGAUCAACAUUCCUUAUGCUCACUGUCUAGUCGAAAUAUUAUUGCAUUCACUUCAACAACGGAGUUACAUGAUAAGACUGGAAAGACAUGGGGUUGUCAUGUUUAUGUCUGUGAUUUGAACAUGCCAUGGCAUCCAUACAAGAUUUUAACAAAUGAAGACAGAGUUACUGCCUUAAAAUGGGAUUUGGCAGGUGAAAAACUUGUAAUUGCCGAUUUGGGUGGACUUGUACAAUUGUGGACAUUUAAAGAUUAUAUUAUAAAUGAAUGGAUUUCCAUUGGAUCUCACUGUUUUACUGGAGAACACAUUUUAGGUGUUGCUUGGUUCCAUAAUGGAAAGAGGACUAUUUUGAAUAAUGAGAAAAAAAACAGCCCUCUGUACAAUGAAAAAUUUUCUCAUUUAUCGUAUGCUCCAUCUGUUAAACAAUUUGGUGGACGUGCAGCUCAAGGAAUUCUUGUAGUUACAAACACGGGGCUCCUAGGAACUGUAAUGAUUACUCAAGACAAACAAAAUCCGAUAUGUUCAGCAACCGAAAGUCUUGCAACAAUACGCCAAAGAAUUACUGCUGUUGACAUUAGCUAUGCAAAAAAUGGACAGUUUCUAGUUGCCGUAAGUGGUGGUAAUUUCACAUUACCCAUCAGGUGUUUUAGGGUUUCUGUUAGAAAAUCAGAAGAAAGAUGCAGUAUCACUUCACAAGCUUUGCCUAGUUUUUUUCUUCAGGAUGGAGCAUCUAAAGACGAUAUAUCAAAUGCUACCAUAACACAUCUUAAGUUUGCUGUAUCAGAAACAGCAGAUUCCUUGGUUGUAGCAGUUAAUAGUGAUGUUAGUGGAUUCAUCGAAGUUUGGGAAUUAAUAGAGAAAACACAACCUAUUCAUAAAAUGUUUCAAACCAAGCCUUGUGAACCUUUUAAAACAGUUGUUUGGCAACAUCAAGCUUUGUAUCGAUGUCAUUCUACAAUAGCAGCCCUGACAAGUACAAAACUAUCCGUAGUAUCGCCAACUAGUUACAUUAUAGUGGCCCUGACAGAUUCCUCUAUACAAUGUCUCAGCCAUGAUGGUUUGAAAGAGGUUGCAAUAUCUUCUUUGAAUACGAGUUGGCGGCAAGAUGAACCAUUAAAUAAGUAUUCAAAAACAUCUGCAACAAUUUCUUGCAUUGACGUGUCGUGGCUGGGUUGUUUGUUUCUACUUAUUGAUACUCGAGGCAGUUUGUACACAUACAGAUUAUAUCCAGAAGGUUCGGCCAUGUCAAUUAGUUAUGCUUGUACGUUGUUAGAAUAUUGUUUAGUAACGGGAUUGGACUGGCUGGAUUUACUCUUCUGUUUAAAAUCAUCUCUCAUUGAAUCACUAUGCGAUCGUUUUGAUCAGUCUUUUAAUAGGCAAUCCCCACAAAUUCAGCAGUAUCAUUACAUGCAACAUUUGAGCAUUAUGAUAUCAUUGUACAGAAUGUUGGCGAGUGGACAGAGCAAAGCAGCAGAUUUAUCUUCACUUUUUAUGUUGCACGCUGUCGCAAUAGCUUUCAAGUCUUUGUUGAGGCCAUCAGAUACUUUUCAUGAUAAAGUACCUGCUGAACGGUUACCGUCAGUCAUUACUGAAAAUAACAUCACAGAUGUGGACAAGGUUUUGUUACAUAUUGAACCCAAAGAAUUCACUGUCGAACCUUAUACACUACAAUCUUUGCAACAAUUAAUACAAUGGGUUGCUGAUUUGAGUUUGAAUUUGUUAGUUCGACUUCCCGAACAACGGAUGCAAAUGAAAUCUAGUGGUUAUGAGCUUAUUAAAGACCAUAAAGCGUUGAACAUACUGCGUGAGCUUCUAGUAAUUAUUCGUAUUUGGGGAUUACUCCGACCUUCUUGCUUGCCAGUAUUUUUGAAGAGUGCAGAUAACAUAGAUGUUUUGGGACUAGUGUUUCAACUUCUUUCUAAAUUGGUCCAGCCAAGUGGGGAUGGUUUGCAAAUCGAUGAUCAGUUAAUAGAUGAUUGCAUUCUUCUACCAAAUCAAAUUAUGAUCCCUCAAAUUCAUCGAGCUAAGAGAAUUACUGCCGUGGCCACUCCAAAUUUAUUUUAUCACAGUCUUCCUCAUGUACUGGAGUAUGGAACUACACCUACUCUUACUUAUUCACCCCAACUGAACCAAGUCGAAGGUUGUAUGCGAAAUAGUCAAUGUGUGGAUGCUGUUAGACAUGUAUACUUGGGAAAAAAUGCAAUGACUGUAAAAGAGUGCACACGAUGCUGUACCAAAUCUCAAAUUCAUGUUACUACUAGAACUGCAGCAAUUAGAGCAUGGGAACAAAGGUGGGCUAAAGGAUGUCCUUGUGGUGGUCCGUGGAGGUUCAGAUCAGGAUAAAAAAUAUUUUAGCUUGUACAAAUAAUCAUAAUUUCUAUGAGAUAAUCAAACUUUUCAUGCGUAAAAAUAAAUUUCAUACAAAUUCCUUUUAA